ACACUCUUUUGUCUCAAACAACAACUUCUCUGGUCUCUUCUUCUCUUGUCUUCUGCAUUUUUCAACAGUCUUCAAGUUUGGUUUGUGGGUUUUGUGAGCAUUUUUCAAUAAUCUUCAAGUUUGGUUUGUGAGUUUUGUUAAUUGAGAGGAGAGAGAGUAAGAGUAGUGCAAUAUUAUUAUAAUGAUGCAUUAUCAGCAGGCAGAGGCGUCGUGGGGUUACUAUGUGCCGGUGAGGAUGAGCAUGGGGGACCCACUGGAGCGGGUGGCGAGGCUGGCGGCGAAGAGCGCGGUGGUAAUAUUCAGUGUGAGCAGCUGCUGCAUGUGCCAUGCUGUCAAGAGGCUCUUCUGCGGGAUGGGGGUCAAUCCGACGGUGUAUGAGCUGGACCAGGACCCCAGAGGGAAGGAGAUCGAGAGGGCUCUCAUGAGGUUGCUCGGCAACUCGCCGGCUGUUCCGGUGGUUUUUAUUGGCGGUAAGCUCAUCGGCACCAUGGACAGAGUCAUGGCUUCCCAUAUCAAUGGCUCCCUGGUCCCACUUCUCAAGGAGGCUGGGGCCCUCUGGCUCUGAUCGGAUUAGCACCUCUAGUUGACAUGUCACAAGAAAGAAAGACAAAAAAAAAAAGGAAGAGAAGAAGGAGUGAGCUUCAGAAGUGAUUUUCAUGAUGAUGUCCAGUUGAAAUACAUUGGAAUGCUUUAUGUUAAUUUCACUUGCAUUUUCUACUCCAAUGGAAAUUCUCCCAUAUAUAUAAAAAAAAAAGUUCAG